AUGAGUAAUAACGUCAAUAGUACACAGGUUCAAUCAACCAACGGUGCCUGUAUUAUUUCAAAAUGUUCAGCAGCAAGUCAAAAUUACUUUAACGAUAUUUUUAUCGAACAUUUUGUACCGAAAAAAAAACUAAGAGCGUCUCUAAUUAAUUUAGGUUAUUACACUAGGACUAUUGUUUCCUGUGGGGCUGGCUUUGAUACUACUUUUUGGAAAUUAUCAGAAGCCAAACUUUUAAAUAAUUGUAAACUGUUUGUGGAAAUUGAUUUUCCAAGUAUUGUUAGGAAUAGUAAAAUUUCAAAUCAGAGUGUUAACCAAUUAAGCAGCAAUUACAUUUUAGUAGAAGCAGAUUUAAGUAAAAUAAAUGAACUUGAAACAAUAUUUAAUGACAUUAAUAUUGAAUAUAAUAUUCCGACAUUAUUUUUAUCGGAAUGUGUCAUUACAUAUAUGCAUGUUGAAAAAUCUAAUCAAUUGCUUGAAUGGAUAGCUAAAAAAUUUCAAAAUGGAGCAUUUAUUAAUUAUGAACAAAUUCAUCCAAAUGAUGGUUUUGGCACAAUCAUGCUUAAGCAUUUUGAUAAACUUCAAAGUUCACUUUUUUCAGUUAAAAAAUAUCCGGAUUGUGAUUCUCAUUACUUGAGAUAUAAAAAUUUAGGAUUUCAAAAUAAUGUGUCUCUGUCUGAGUGGGAUGCUUUUAUGUUUUUGACUACUGAAAAUGAAAGGCAAAAUGCUUAUUCGAAAGAAAUAUUUGAUGAAUUUGAAGAAUUUCACAAUAAAUGUGUUCAUUAUGUUGUUGGAAUAGCAGGAAAUCAAAAAUCAUCUGAAUGGAUUGAUUCUUUACCUUUUUAUUCUUUGAAACAAUUUAAAGAUGAUAGAAAGAGAUUGAUAUUAAAUUAUUUAGAAAGUAAUAUUGAACUUUUUAGACAUUCAUCUUUCAAAUUGAAUAAAGGAAAAUAUAUAUAUUUAGUUGGUGGCAGUAAAAGUAAGAAAAGGAAUUCAGAUGUUUUUAGAAUUGAUUUAUCGAAUAAUCUUAAUUCAGAAAUAAUUAAUGUUAUAACAAAUAAUAUCAAAGUACAAUUGGAUAGAGUUUAUGGAAGUCUUACUAAUUUUCGACUAAAGGAAUCAAAUUUUUGUUGUAUGUAUGGGGGUAGAACAAGUCCAUCAGUAAUAGCUAAUAAUGGAUCUCUAGUUCUAUUUGAAAUUUUAAACGAUUCAUUCAUUUUGAAAUUAAUCAUUCCUCUUGAAAAUAUUACUCCACUUUAUCGGAGUUCAUUGAUUUCUUGCACCUUGAACGAUAAUCAAGUUGAGUGUUUGAUUUUUGGAGGAAGAUCCGGGGAUAUUAAUGUUUCGUCAGCAGACCUCAUAAAACUUAAUUUUAGUUUAAAUGAUAAAAAUAAUUUGGAUUAUUCUUACAAAGUUUUAAAAAAAACCAAUGAAAAUUGGCCUUGUUGUAGAAUGUCACAAAGCAUGGCGUGUUGGGAAAGGAAUAAAUCAGUUCUAAUGUCAUGCGGUAUGAAAAUCAAUUCGAAAUGGGAUUGCACGGAAGAAAAAUGGGAACAGGUUAAUAUAAAGGGAAAUGUUUUACCGAGAUACGGUCACACUUCGCAUAUAAUAAACGAUGAACUUUUUUUAAUCGGUGGAGUCAAUACUUUAACCGGUUUACAACCCGGAAUAUCUAAAAUUAAUUUAAAUAAUUUAACGGCAAUCGAAUAUUCAUUGGAAGCUCGCGGACCUCAUCCCGUCUUAUUUUUCAAUCAUUCGACGGAAGUCAUAGAGGAAAAGAAUGUAAAAAAAAUUUUAAUACUCGGAGGCGGUGGAAAUUGUUUUUCUUUCGGAACUUAUUUGAAUCAAGGGAUUUAUUCGAUAAAUUUAAAUGAAUUUUCCUGA